AGGCGGGGCUUGCCGUGCGGGGUGACCUGGGGCGACCUUGAACUUCCGAGUCCUCCAGUGUCUCCGCCCUCCCUGGUUCCCUCCUGGCCAAGUCCACUCACUUCUCGGAGAGUCCGGCCCAGCAUAGUCCUCGGAGUCAGCCCGGUACCACAGGGUCCUGGAGCGGGGGAAGGAAUCAACGUCUGCCACCGGCGUUACAUGGGCGCAGACAUCUUGGAUCCUCACGCGACUCUUCAACAACGAGCGCCCGGAUUGGUUGAGUUCCCGGCGGCGGAAAUGAUCUCUGCACACGAUUGGCUCGCCGGCUGCGGCAGGAGACGCGCGCGGACAGGAUGGAAGUUUUGAAGACAUGUGUACUUAGAAGAAGUGCUUGUGCCGCCGCCUGCUUCUGGAGAAGGAAAGUUACCCCAAAGCCACCAUUUAGAGGCAUUAGUACUACGUCUGCGAGGAGCACUGUCAUGCCCGCUUGGGUGAUAGAUAAAUACGGAAAGAAUGAAGUCCUUCGGUUCACCCAGAACAUGAUGUUGCCUAUCAUACACUAUCCAAACGAAGUCAUUAUCAAAGUGCAUGCUGCCAGUGUAAAUCCUAUAGACGUUAAUAUGAGAAGUGGCUAUGGAGCCACUGCUCUAAAUAUGAAGCGUGACCCUCUGCAUAUAAAAACCAGAGGAGAAGAAUUUCCUCUGACUCUGGGUCGGGAUGUCUCUGGUGUGGUGAUGGAGUGUGGACUCGAUGUGAAGUAUUUCCAGCCUGGAGAUGAGGUCUGGGCUGCAGUUCCUCCUUGGAAACAAGGCACUCUCUCAGAAUUUGUUGUGGUCAGUGGGAAUGAGGUCUCACACAAGCCCAAAUCGCUCACUCAUACUCAAGCUGCCUCACUGCCAUAUGUGGCGCUCACAGCCUGGUCUGCCAUAAACAAGGUCGGUGGCCUGAAUGACAGGAACUGCACGGGGAAACGUGCGCUAAUCUUGGGUGCGUCAGGUGGAGUUGGUACUUUUGCGAUACAGGUAAUGAAAGCAUGGGGUGCUCACGUCACGGCAGUUUGCUCGAAAGAUGCCAGUGAGCUUGUGAGGAAGCUCGGAGCAGACGACGUCAUUGAUUACACGCAGGGAAGUGUGGAAGAGCAAUUGAAAUCUCUAAAACUGUUUGACUUUAUCCUUGAUAAUGUUGGUGGAUCUACUGAAACAUGGGCGCUCAAUUUUCUCAAGAAGUGGUCAGGAGCCACCUAUGUGACUCUGGUGACGCCUUUCCUCCUGAACAUGGACCGACUGGGCAUUGCUGAUGGCAUGUUGCAGACAGGAGUCACUGUGGGUACAAAGGCAUUGAAGCAUCUCUGGCAAGGAGUUCAUUACAGAUGGGCCUUCUUCAUGGCCAGCGGUCCAUAUCUCGAUGAAAUUGCAGAACUGGUGGAUGCGGGAAAGAUUCGGCCAGUUAUUGAACAGACCUUCCCUUUUUCUGAAGUCCCAGAAGCCUUCCUGAAGGUGGAGAGAGGCCACGCCCGAGGAAAGACUGUGGUUAACGUAGUCUAAAUCAGUAUGUGUGUGCCAGCCAUCUGUCGCUGCUCUCUGCUUGUCGAGUGCCUCUGACCAGACGUCUAGCACUCAGCGACAUUCUCCCAAGUCAGACUUUUAAGUCUCAUGAUCUGUAUAAAACCUAAAUCUGGACUGCUGAGAGAGCUCCCGGAUACAGUUGCCCACAGUGCAGCAUGGCUGCCUGAGUUCAGUUCCUGGAGCCCACCCGAGGGAGGGAGAGCUGAUUCCACAGGCUUGUUCUCUCAUCCCCACCCCCACCCAUGUACACACCUCCACAGUGAUAAAGAAAAUACAUAAUGCAUGUGUAGGCACACGCGACAGGUGCACUUGUGAACAUCAUAGGGAACCUUUGGUAGUCAGUGCUUCCACCAGGUAGGUUCUGGGCUAGAACCCAGGUCACUAGGUUUGGUGGCAGGUGUCUUGACUGAGUCAUCUCACUGGCCCAAUAAAAUACAUUUUAAAAAUAUGUGUUUUUAAAAAUACUUGUAUAAGUUAUAAUUUAAGUUGACAUACAGAAUAGUUUCUUCAUGGCAGUUCAUGUGUACACCUGGAAUGUAGCCUUUUCUGCUAAUCAUUUGCCAACGGUUGAUACAGAACUGCCAGCUCCUGCCCUUGCCUAUAGUCAGUGGGAAAUACAUGGAAUCUGUGGUUCUGGUCAGCUGGGGCUGAAGAACCAGUUGCGAUGGAACUACUGAAGUGAAGCCUUUGCUUUAACUGACGCUGAGAAUCAGCUGUGAUUAAGAAGAGACCAGCAUCAUCAAGACAAACCCUGGGACUCCAGGGUGGCUGCUGCACUUGUCAGUGUGUAGAAAUCGCAAAGGUGGUUCUCGUUUUGAAGGCAUGAAUGGGGUCAUGGAAAGCAACUGAGGUGUGACACUGUGACAGAGCUGGAGGGCUGGGAGAAACCACUGGUGGAGGUGCUGCCUCAGUUGUAGUGGUGACCCCAGCAUAUUGGAGAUACCAGCACCGUGGGGUGGACCACCGAGGACUGCAUCAGCCACAGCGAAAGCCAACUCUAGCCUGUGAGACAAACUGUACGAGGAGAUGUGGCAGAGAUGGAGAAGUGGAGCUUCCUAGGCCUUGGCACCCAGAUGAUCAUGAGUGGGUUCUAGAUAUCAAGCACUAAACAUAUUUGCUCUGAA